UCCGCCUCGUAUAAAUAAAAACAAGUCACACGCGAGCGGGUAGUUGAGCGACUGUGAUCCGUUACUGCUCCAUCUGAACCCGGCGCCAGCAGCACAAACAUGUCGGUCGACAGCGUGUUCAGGACCCGGUCUCUCGGAGUGGCCGCUGAGGGUCUCCCUGACCAGUAUGCCGACGGUAAAGCGGCCAAAGUGUGGCAGCUGUACAUCGGUGACACGAAGAGCCGGACGGAGGAGUACAAGAGCUGGGUGGUGUCUCUGCUGAAGGAGCGCGGCGUGCGGACGGUGCUGGACGUCGCCUGCGGAACAGGAGUGGACUCCAUCAUGCUGGUCGAGGAGGGCUUUAACAUGGUGAGCGUCGACGCCAGCGACAAAAUGCUCAAGUAUGCACUGAAAUCAAGGUGGGACAGAAGAAAAGAGCCUGCGUUUGAUCAGUGGGUUAUUGAAGAGGCCAACUGGCUCACGCUGCAACAAGAUAUCCACAAGCCAGCGGCUGGCUUUGAUGCCGUUAUCUGCCUCGGCAACUCAUUUGCCCAUUUACCAGACUUUAAAGGGGACCAGAGUGACCAAAAGCUGGCCCUUCACAACAUUGCCAGCAUGGUUAAACCAGGUGGGAUCCUCAUCAUUGACCAUCGUAACUACGACUACAUCUUGGAGACUGGAAAGGCCCCACAGGGCAAAAACAUGUACUACAAGAGUGAUCUCACUCAGGAUAUCACCACCUCAGUGCUGUGGGUCAACAGUAAGCCUCACAUGAUCACGCUGGACUACACCAUCCAGGUGCCUCAGUCUAAUCCUCAGGACUUUCCUGAAGUCAGUAACUUCCGUCUGUCGUACUACCCUCACCGUGUGGAGAGCUUCAGCAGCAUGUUGACCGAGGCCUUCAGCGGCAAAAUCAAGCACAGCGUCUACGGAGACUUCAAGACUUAUGUCCCCGGGCAGACUCAGGCUCCCUGUUACUUUGUCCAUGUGUGUCAGAAGACAGCCUGAGAGCCCUGCCAUCGCCCACCCCACCCCCCCACCCCACACACACACACACACACUCACACUCACACACACACACACACACACACACACACUCACUCUCAGUCAUAAAGGUUCUGGACUUUUUUAACGUGCUCAUAAAUGUUUAAAAAUGUUUCCUGUCAUAUAAAACCAGUGAAGACAGUCAUGUCCCUGAUGGACUGCAGACAGAACCGGCCUCUGAAGCUUUUUUCGAGCCACCAAAGGUUUUAAUUCCCUUUUAUAAAAGAUUUGAAACUGAAAAACCAAAGCAAACACUGAACCAGGAACGACUCAUAUUUGUCUAAAAUGAUCCUGAACAGACAAACACAACCCGUGUGCAAUGAUUCACACAGUGUUAAACAGAAUUUGUGCUUUUUACCGUGCGUUGCUCUGGGUUGAGACUCUGUGACCUCUGACCUCUGACCUCUGACCUCUGCGGUGAACGGUAAAGUUUCUGUAAAGUGCACAUUAGAAACACACGUGUUGAGUUUUGUUGACUCUUCACAGACACACACAGCGUGGUACAGUGCCUGUCACUCACCACUGAGGCACCAGUCAUUCAUUCACUCACUGCUGUCAGUCAAUCACACACGUGUCAAAUAGUUGAGUUUUUACAUCGAGACACAAACUUAACAAAGUGUCAGCAAUGCUGAUGUUUUUAAUAUCAGGACAGAAAAGCUUCAAACACUGAGAUAAACUUUACUUUGCUUGUUAUGAAGCUAAAAUGUGGGGUUUUUUCCUCUUGUUCACACUGGAAAUCCAUGUUUGCUUUUAACGCAGCUUCCUGCUCUCAGCCCCGUCAGUGUCAUUACUUCAUACAACUACCCUUCGAACCUGAACUGUCCCUUUAACUCUUCACUAAAACUCUUAAAUCCCCACCAGCUCCAGAGCUACAUGACCUUUGACCCGCUCUGAAUUUGGAGAUGAACAGAAACCUGAAAUCCAUGUUUAAUUGAUCUUUGUUCAAAGGGUUGACAGUAACACGAGUUUUAAAGCCUUAAACGUGUUCUGUUAAAUACUUUCAUCUGAACUCAGCUGUGAAUGUUUGCUUUUUAUAAUUAUUCUAAGAGUUUAUAAACUUUAUUGCUUUCAUGAUCAUUAAAACAUUGGUCGCCUUCA